AUAUAUUAAAGCUAGAGAGAGUAAACAAAAGCUGUGUAAGAGGUAUCAGUAAAGGCAAAUGCAUAAUUGGAGGAUCACAAGGGAUGGGAAAAAAACAGCACCACCAGGGGAGGCUCUGGCAAAUACUUCCCUUUCAUAAUCUCCGACUUCGACCAAUCAGCACUCAGAAGAACCCCCCUCCAGAGCGCCCCUCCUCCGAAACUCCAUGCCUGUCUGUUUAUAGAGCGCAUAGAGAAGAGAAAGAUAGAGAGAGAGAGAGAGACGGAGAGGAAGUGUAGUACACACUCAAUCUCUGCGAGAGAGCGACAGAGAGGAAAAGGAGGAAGACCUGUAAAAUUCAGAGAGCAAAUCGGAGGAAAGAGAGAAAAAAAAAGGAUGGAUGCUGAGGAGGAAAAAUGUUGAUAAGAGACCAGGAUCUAAAAGCGGUACCAAAAAGAUCAUGAUCUUUCUUUGUGCUUAAAUCUUUUCACCAGUUUCUCCAGAUGCCACGUGGACACUGGAAGCUCAAAAGUCACCAAGAGUUAGUAGCCCUAGAUGUCCUUUGUCAUUUGAACAAAAUGAGCAGACAAAAUGUUAUGUCUAAAAUUUAAGGACUACUUUCUUCUGGUUCUGGAGCAACACUGACAAACAACUGCGCCAUGUCUGUAUCUUCUGGCUAAAACAAACAUCAGAUUGAUUGUACUGUGGACUGUUUUUGUGGACCAGUGCACAUGUGACACUUUGUGUGCCUGCUGUUUAGCUGAGGGCAAGAUUAUACUAACUGAACUGGACAGGAUGCUGACUUUCUCAAAAACAUCCUCCAGCCUGCGGCAGCGAGCUGACUCUUGAUUUAAGACUUCUUCUGUUCCGUCUCAGAUGUCAGGACUGCAAAACAACACCAACUGUUAAAAGGAUGGUGCACAGAAGGCUGGGCUCAGCCUUGAGGACGGGACAAAAACAAUUGCUUUCCCUUUCAUGACUUGAAUGACCAACUCUCUCUACUUGAGAAUGGACUAAAAAUCUGGGGCAGCAUUCGAAAUUCAAACAAGAGUUAUGAGGCGGGAUAUUUGGAGUAACUGUUGGCAACCUUAAGGAUAGAAACACCUAGCCAAGACGACAGCUUUGACUCAAACAGAGAGUGGACCUCUACCCCGGUGAAACUGGCUGCUCUGAUUCCCAAGCAAAGCAUCCUGACGGCACAAUGCUGUGUGCUCAGGGUGUGGCCGCACCCCUAAUGCUGAGCUCUUUUCUGCUGCAGCUAGUCAGAGCCAAUCUCCCUUCUGGCUGCCUGAUUGCAUCCGAUAUCCUGAGCUGCACCAAUCUUGGCCUCGACCAAGUCCCGGCAGAGUUGCCCGUAAUGGUCGCAACUCUGGACUUCAAUCACAACUGCUUAGAACGUCUUGAGGAGGGUUGCUUCGCUGGUCUGCCCAAUCUUGACACAGUACGGUUAGCCCACAAUCAGCUGAGCAGACUCACUCCUGGAACCUUCCGGAAUACAAGCAACAUACGCCAUCUGGACCUUUCCUCCAAUCAACUGAACAUUAUAGAAGAACACUACUUUCAAGAGUUAGUAGGAAUCAAGGAGUUACUCCUUUACAACAACCACAUAGUGAGGGUAGAAAGCAAAGCCCUGAGUGGUUUGAGCAACCUCCAAAAAGCCUACCUAAGCCAUAACAGACUGACAGAUUUCCCCUUCUUUUCUAUUCAAGAACAUGCCAAUCUCACGACUCUGGAUCUAAGUUCGAACCGUAUGCCCAACCUUCCUGUCAAAGACAUUGAAGCUCUAAAGGAAAAUAUACAGAAAGUGUUGUUCCUGCACAACAAUAGCCUAAUCUGUGACUGCUCCAUGUACAGCCUGUUUAAACAAUGGGAGUACAGAGGUUUUACCUCAGUGACAGAUUUUUGGGAGGAGCAUACGUGCUUGAUUUACGGUGAGCAACGUGCCAUGGUGCGUUUUCUCAAGCAUGUACGAUACUUUGAGAAUUGCAAAAUAAAACCUCCAGUGAAGAAAGUUAGUAUGGAGGCAUACGCUGGGGACUCAGUGAUGUUAGAUUGUAUAACAUCAUUAAAGGGAAAGCAUCUCAACUAUUCGUGGGUAUCCCAUCGUUACGGAUACAUUGCUCCUCCUUUUAGUAACAAUACACUGCGAAUGUAUUCAAAUGGUUCUUUGGAAAUCUUGGCACUACAGAUAAACGACUCUGGGGUGUACUUGUGCAUGGUUCAAAACCAUCAAGAGUCAAGCAACGAUUCUCUUGAAGUUAAUGUAACCGUGCAUAUCCGCCGUCAAGAAGGGGAGCCCUUCAACACUGGCUUUACAACCCUUCUGGGCUGCGUUGUCAGCCUGAUUUUGGUCCUUAUGUACCUCUUCUUGACACCCUGUCGCUGCUGGUGUCGCAAACAGCCUCUACCAGCAACGCCGAACCUUGCGAACGAAUGCAGUGCCCAGUCGUCUAUCCUGACACCCACGCCACCUGCCACCACGGAGGGCCCCGGCCGCAAGAUGUGUCAAUCCAGACCAGCGGUCACACAGCAGCCUCUUGCUCCUGACAUAUGGACCACUCAUGCAUUUCCACAAUAAUCUCUGCAGAUAAGAUGACAAACACACCUCGGGCCGUAACCUCCUUUUCACUGCAAGAAGCCAUACAACUUCACAGUCUCACAAUAAUAUUUCUUUGUAAUUCACCAGACUUUUCCUGAAAACACUGCCCACGCACUGUGUAUCAGCAAGGGAACGAAAACAAUGGUGAUAAUUCAAUGAAAGACAAUGAUGUUUACAACUUCUGGUUGGAAAAUCAUGUUUGUAAAUGCCACAUCAAUCUUUCCUUAUUUCCUGUUUAAAGCAAUAAUGAAUGAGACCGAUGUAGACUAAAUGACAAAAUAUGAAUCCCUCCCUCUGCCUGGAAUGCUAAAAUGGUAUUCUGACUGUGAAUGUGAUUUGUAAUGAUGCAUUGUGGGAAUGACAUGACAGCAUGGCACUGACUUAAGACUUGAAAUAAGGCAAGGUGGGAAAAAAAUAAUAAAUAAAAUGUCUUAAAUACAGAAAAUCAAACCCACAGUUUGUCUUAUUCAAUAUUUACAUGCACAAGUCAUUAAAGACUUUUGCAUAGAUAUGAAAGGCCAGACUUUGAUACCUGAAGACAAAUUAAAUAACAACAAAAUGUGCAGCUAACAAGCUGUUUUCUUAGUAUAGCGCUCAACCAGUGCUGCACAAUAUUAGAAAAUAAUAUUGCUAAAAUGCGUUUUUCUGUGAUAUAAAGUGUGAACUCUUUUACUUAAGUUUUCAAUAGGUCAUAUCAGGGUUAUUACAGUUAACUAAAACUAAAACCAUGAAGUAAAAAAUAAAUCUAAUAUUUGAAACAAAUGUUGACAACAAACAUUUAAUAAAUACAGAAAAUAACAGGUUUCCCUUAUUUUAGCAAGUUAAGAAAGCAACAUUGCUCACUUUAAAUAUGAAUAAAAAUUCUAAUAGUAUCUCAAUGACACUUAAAAUAACACAGGGCCACACUUUCACUAUUUUGAACCAUUCAAUAUGGUAAGAAUAAGAAUAUACUGUAAAAUCAAAAACAGAGUAUUAAAAUGUAUAGUACAACAGUAAAACUUUUGAUUUUCAGUGUCACACUGUAAAUAUCUGGUUAAGAUAUCCCCCACUCUUCAUAACUUUAAAUAUCAAAAUAACAUAAAUGAAUAAGCAUAAUUAAUGGAUGAAUGAAUAAUAAUAGACAGAUGAACCAAAGAAUAAACUAAUUAAUUAAUGAAAGAACAAUAUGGUGCCAACAUAUAGAAUAAAUAAGCAGAUGUUACAUUUACAACAUAGGCUCUGCACAAAGAAAAGAAUAACAAUUUCUAAAUAUCUAUUUUACACAUUAAAUUUUUGGCUGGUAAAACACUGGAAGCCAGUGGCAAAACUAGGUCACCACUCCCAUCAUAAUCAAUGAAGCUGUCCACACAACUACUAGUAGUGUAGACAACAUCAUUGAUUCAAACGGCACUGAUCUAGUUUUGUCACACUGCAAUGCAUCACUUGCUUUCACUAGAAACACUUCUGCAUGAAUCUGAGUACAAAUGAUGUGAAAGGCGCUGAAACUAUCCUGAAGGAUUUCUGAACCUGAGUCAGUGCACAUACCUAAUACGACGGCUGAAGAUACUGCACUGCUCAUGUCAAAGCUUUGAUGUCUGACUCGAUACUUGUCAGUUUGAGACUGUUUGAGGCUCAACACCAAUAGCCUACCGUUUUUUUUCCCUCCUUCUUCUUUUCUGAAUAUAUUUUAUAUUUCUUUUUCAUAUUUUUUUAAUCUAUUUUUAGAUUAAAAUUUUAUUUUUGUGAAACAUUAUUACAAUUUAAAAUAACAGUUUUCUACUGCAGUAUAUUGUAAAAGGUAAUUUAUUCCUGUUAUCAAAGCUGUAUUUUCAGCAUCAUUACUCCAGUCUUCAGUGUCACUUGAUCCUUCAGAAAUAAUUCUGAUUUGAUUCUCAAGAAACAUUUAUUAUUAUCAAUGCUGAAAACAGUUUUCGCUACUUAAUAUUUUGUGGAAAAUGUAAUGCACCACUAAACAAAACAAAACAAAACAAAACACAACAUAACAAAAUAACAACAAAAAACAACACAACAAAACAAAACAAAACAAAAUAACAAAACACAACAUAAAAAAACAACACAACAACAAAACUAAACAACAAACAACACAAAAUACAACAAAAAUAAAUAAAUAAAUAAAUAAAUGUAUUCAGCAAUGGCAUGUUAAAUUAACCAAAAAUAAUAGUAAAAACAUUUAUAAUGUUGCAAAAGUUGUUUGAUUAAAAUAAAUGCUGUUCUUUUCAACGUUCUGUUUAUAAAAGGGUCCUAAAAUAUAUGUAAGGGUUUCCACAGAAGUAUUAAGAAGCAAAGUGUUUUAAACAUUAAUAAUAAGAACCAUUAUUAGUAACUGAGCAAUAAUCGGCAUAUUAGAAUGAUUUUUAAAGGACCAUGUGACAUUUACAGUAAAGAGAUAUUUAUAUAUAGAGUACAUUAAAUUUGAUAACAAACAUUUAUAUAUAAAAUGUAAAAUCUAUAUAUUAAAUUUGAAUAAAAAUUCAAUAAUAUGUGUUGUUUUAAUGCAUGAAUUAAUAAUAAGAUGAAGAAAAUAAUGAAUAGUAAAUGAAGAUGUUCAAAUUCAGAGGCAGAGCGUGAGGUUGAAUGUGAAGCAGGGUGUGUAUCAGGGAGGGUCGAUGUGGCUGCAGAUGUCUCAAGUCGCACAAUCAUCCGGCACUAAAGAAGAGUGUUUGUGACAGCAGGAAGAAUCAAUGCUGAUGAAUUGUCACUACAGUACAGAUCAAUCCUGAAAACUGCAUCAAACACGGUAAGAAUUAACAACUGCGGCAGUCAAGAAAAAUGACGUGGCCCAAAUCCUCAGCUAAACCAUCACAGCUAUUUUAUGACUUGCUGCCAGAGGCUUCAGAAUGUAAUAAAGCAAAACAGUAAGCUAAAACUCCUCACCUCAAUUAUAGCGGUCACAAAAUAGUGUAAAUAAUCACAUUUUAUUUUAAUCGGGAGUCAUAUUUUAUCAUUUAUUUUUUAUUUUUUAAAUGGCUUUAUGGAUGACAGAUUUGUUAGCAAUGCAAAAUUUCCAACGUCUGAAAUUAACCGUGAUAUACGAGUCCAUUUGAAAUGUAAUCAAUGCUGAAGGAUUGGAUUGAAACCGUUAACAUUAAAAGCUUUUCAGAUGAAUCAGUUGAGCCCAGCAGAACUUCUGAGCUCUGCGCCGUCAAACUGAUGGGAUUGUUUAAAGAUCUGAAGCUGCUUUGAAUUAUGUGCUGGCUUUUGAGGAAUUAAUGUAAAUGAUCUUCUGAAAGCAGGAAUAUUAGGACCGACCGUUGUGACUCAUAUUCUGAAAUAAAGUGAAGUCAGAAGCCGCUCAUCACGCUGUUGGCAUCAUAUCUAAUAACAUUUUAGGUUAUAAAUGGUGGCAACGUAUUUAUAGUUGACAAACUAAUUAGCAAUUUACUGCCUGAAAACUGUAUGUUAACUCAAAUAACAAGUAAGCUAUUAUUCCUUUUGUUAAAAUGAUCCAUACAAAAUAUGAAAUUAAUUAAUAUGAAAGCAGCAUAAAUUAAUGCAAAUGUACUGAAUGAUUAGCAUAGUAAACAUUUCAUUUACAUAAUAGAACUAUUAUCAUAGCACAUCAACAAAAAAAAAAAAAAAAAACA